AUGUCGGUCCUUGGCGGUCCAACCGACACCCCGGCGAGCAGCCAAGCUGCCGAUGAAGGCACUGGACUUCUCCUUCCAACCACCACGAGGGCGUCCAACUACGCCAGCAACGACGACGCCUCGAUGGUCCGCGUCCGAGUCAGGGCCGUGUGCCCCGACAUUCACUGUCCGUCGUGCAUUUCGCACCUCUCAUCCAUCCUGGCAGACCAUGCCUGGACACCCGCUUCCAGGGCACAGGUCGAGCACACCGCCGUCACGCUCAUCGACAGGACCGUCGAGAUUGAUCUGGCCCUUGCCGGAAUACACUCGCCGUCCUCUGCUAUGUCGCCCGACGCGAUGGGCAAGCGCGCCAUCGAGCUACGCAGACGCCUCCUCGAUAUGCUCGAGAGCCUCGCUGCCUCGCUCGCUCAGGAGGGCUAUCCCAUCGACUCUGUCGAGAUGAGCGUUAUUGAUCCUACCGCGAGAAAGGGCGGCGGCGGCGAAGAAUGGACCACAAUAGCGCUCGACGCGGCCGACAUUCAGGGAUCCGCCGUGACUUUGAAAGGCUGCCCGGACAACCUCAAUCGCAAGAGCUCCGAGCCCUCUGGUUCUGCCACUGCGGUAUCGUCGUUGACGAGCUCGCUCGCCAGCCUCCUUUCGCUGUGGGCGGGUAGGGGAGACGGCCAGGCCGACGACGCGCAGCGACAGCAGCGCUGGGCGCGCCACCUCGAGGCCUGCGCCUCGUGCCAGGAGUCCUCGGGCAGCCUUCAUCAGGCCUCGUCCCCAGUUGCGCUGCCUUGCGCUGAUCAGGCUGCCAUCGAAGUGGCGAAAUCAGCCAGGGACGGCAACGCUCACAAGACCAUCAAAGAGUCCGAGGCUGGCGCCGCCUCCGCCGGGUCCAUUCAGGCCCGGCUCGCCGUCGGGGGUAUGACUUGCACCUCCUGCGUGAGGUCCAUCAACAACGCCGUCGAGGGCCUCAAGACCUCGCCCAAGUUCCCAGGCGAAUUGGCCGAUUUCACCUUUGACGUCAACCUGCUGCAGAAUUCUGCCACGUUUACGGGCUCUCAAGCGGCUUUGGACAUCAUUUGCGAGGCCGUCGAGGACGCCGGGUUCGACAUCGAGGUCGUCGAGUCUAAGCCGCCGCAACGCCCACCAGUCGGUCAACGGAUUGCCGAACCAAAGGCGCGAAAAGGAAGGUCGAGCUAUCGCGCCACCCUCGCCGUCAAAGGCAUGACGUGCGCCAGCUGCGUCAACAGCCUCCGUGGUGCGGUCAAGGCGUGGGGAGAAGCCAGGAACGAGUCCGAGCGCAAGACCGGCGAGGUACACGACUUCAACGUCAACCUGCUGGACGGCAGCGCGACGAUGCUCGUCGAGGCCGAUGAAGGUCGGGCCGAGAAGUUGCGAGACGAGAUCGUUGGGGUCAUCGAGGACUGCGGCUUCGAUGCCGAGGUCAUCUCCUGGACCAAAGAGGGAGCCACGGCGGACAAGGCAGAGGACGGACCUGGCGCGAGCCCUCGACGCACGGCGAGGAUCCGCGUCGAUGGCAUGUUCUGCCAGAGCUGCAUCGACAAGGUGCGGGAUUUUCUCCACCGCAAGCAGGCCACCCACGCGGACACCUUCGAGGUCCAUGAGGAUGGCCUCGCCCGCUUCUCGCUGCAGCGUCCGCUCAUCGAGCUGACCUAUGCCUCCAGUCCCGAGGCGUCGCUGCGAGGGCUCCUGCGCGAGCUCAACGCGCUAGAUCCCGCCUUCGAGGCUUCGUACGCCCCACCACCCUCGCUGACAUCUCGAUCUGCGGCGCUGGCUCGCAAAGAGCUCAGGAACCUGCUCCUCUGCCUCAUCGGGGCCACCCUAUUUGCGAUCCCGACCCUGAUCCUAUCGAUGAUCGCGCCGCUGCUCCUCUCUUCGACCCAUCCGCUCAACCGCAAGCUCAACCGCUACGUGUGGGGAAGCGCGACGCUCGGGGAGGUGCUAAUGUGGGCCAUCGCCACACCGGUCCAGUUCGGCAUCGGCAGCAUCUUCUUCACGAGAGCCUACAAGUCGCUCGCCGCCGUGUGGCGCAAGGGAAGGAAGUGGAACGAGAGGCUGUUCAGAUUCGGCAACAUGGACGUCCUCGUCGCGCUCGGCACGGCCGUGGCAUACCUGUCGUCCCUCGUCGUCCUGCUCGUCGACGCAGCAAGAACACCGCACAGCGGUCAGCACGAGACCGAGAUGCGGAUGACGUACUUUGAGGUUUCCGUCUUUCUCAUCUUCUUCAUCCUCCUGGGCCGGGUGCUGGAAUCCAUCAGCAAGAAGAAGACGGGCGAUGCCAUCUCGGAGCUGGGCAAGAUGAAGCCAAACUCUGCGCAGCUCGUCCUCGAUCCCUCGAAUCCACGGCAGGGCGGCGUCGAAACGAUCGCGGUCGAUUUGCUCGAGGUCGGAGACCUCGUGCUCGUGCCCUCGGGCGCGUCUCCGCCUCUCGACGGCUAUCUCGUCCAGGAGCUUUGCCAGGAUAACUCGUCCCUGGCCUCGGCGCAGUUCGACGAGAGCAGCUUGUCGGGCGAGUCUCGACCCGUCACCAAGGUCAGCGGCGACGAGGUGUUCGCGGGCACCAUCAAUGUCGGCAGUUCGCCGGCCUUGUGCCGGAUCAAGUGCCUGCCCGGCCAGGCGAUGAUCGACGACAUCCUCGGGGUGGUGCGCGAAGCGUCGGGACGCAAGGCGAGCAUCGAGCAGCUGGCCGACGCCAUCACGGGCGUGUUCGUGCCAUGCAUCGUCUACCUCUCGCUGCUGGUGCUGCUCAUCUGGACCUUGGUGCUGUACAGCGGGACGCUGUCCGAGGGCUGGCUGGCCGACCACGUCACCAACUACCCGGCGCCCGGGUCCAAAUUCAUCUACGGGCUCGAGUUCGCCAUCAGCUGCCUCCUCAUCUCGUGCCCUUGCGCCAUCGGCCUGGCCGCGCCGACCGCACAGCUCGUGGGCAUCGGGCUGGCAAGCAAGCAGGGCAUCCUGGUCAACGGCGGCGGCGAGGCGUUCCGCACCGCCAGCGCGGCAGCGAGGCGCAAGAAGAGGCUGGUCUGCGUCUUUGACAAGACUGGCACCAUCACCAAGGGCGAGGCGGGCAAGGUGGUCGACAGCCUCCUUGUCAAUCCUCAGCAAGACGCGCUGGACGACGCAGCGCUGCUGCGGUGCAUCGACCUGGCCGAGCAAGGCAGCUCGCACCCGCUAGCCGUCGCACUGAGGGCGUUCUGCGCGGAAAAGGCCCCUACGCAGCCCGUCAACGACGACGCGUCGCCGGAAAAGCCGAUUCCACACCUCGACGACGUUACAGAGGAGGCAGGGCACGGCAUGCGUGCUUCCUUCUCCGUCCCGCAGCCCGCAGAUGAAACGCGGACAGACCGCUUCGAGCUCCUCGUGGGAAAUCGCAAGCUCAUCGGCGACGACUGCCUCUUCCCUGCCGAGGUCGCCGACAAGGAGCAAGAGUGGCAGAACGACGCCAAGACGGUCGUCUUUGUCGCCACUCGACGCACGCCGUCGGACAUCGGCAGCUCCAAGACGGUCCUUCGGGCAGCCAUGGCCAUCUCUGACACCAUCCGGCCCGAGGCGCCGUGGGUCAUCUCGCACCUGAAGCAGCGGUACGGCGCCGAAGUGUGGAUGGUGAGCGGCGACAAUGCCGUCACGGCCGCGGCCGUGGCCCGGCAGGUCGGCAUCGAGCCCGAGCGCGUGGUGGCGGGAGUGCUGCCGACGGGCAAGCAGGAGUGGGUGGAGCGGCUGCAGUCCAACCAGGACAUCGAGGGGCGUCCGACGCGCGGCCGACGCGAGACGACAGUGUGCUUCGUCGGCGACGGCAUCAAUGACUCGCCCGCCCUCGCCACCGCCAACCUGGGCGUCGCGCUGGGUUCGGGCUCGUCGAUCGCGCACAGCAGCGCCGACAUGAUCCUGCUGCAGAGGCACACGCCGCUCCUCUCGCUGCCCACGCUCCUCGAGCUGAGCCGGGCCACCGACCUCAAGAUCCUGACCAACUUUGCAUGGGCCUUCGUCUUCAACGUCAUCCUCAUCCCGCUGGCGGCGGGCGUCGGCGUGCCCGCCGGCGUCAAGCUGGGUCCCGAGCUGAGCGGUCUGGCCAUGGCCGCCUCGAGCACCCUCGUCGUGACCAACUCGGUGGUGCUGCGGGCCUGGAGGGUGCCGAAAGAGGUGAGGAAGGCGGCGCAGCGCUUCGAGUAG